UCCGGAAAUUCAUUUCGGGAAAGCAAAACCCUUUUUUCCGCCGAAUUGGGGGAGUUCGUGGCCGAAUCUUUCUCUCGCGAACGAGCACGGAGAGAAGACCAGUGAAAGCAGAAAUGCCUGCGACCUUCAUAGCCGUUCAGUGUUUCCAAUGCUCUACCAUGCAGGUGAAGCAGGAGAAAAAGAGCAGCAAAAGGUGGAGCUGCGUGGUGUGCGAUGAGAAGCAAUCUGUGCGGAAGGUGUUUGCUCAGGGUUCCAUGGCCAAGGACGUGCGCCACUUCGUCCAGAAUUUCAACAUGUCUCGAGAAUUAUCCGACCAGAAACAGUUUCUCUUGGAAGAAACGGAAACUAUCAAUUCUCCCAUCGAUGAUCAGAAGAGGACGAAGAAAAGGAACGAUUGGACAGAGUACGUUGAUGAUCAGGAGGAACAUUGCACAAAAUACGAUGAAGAUAGAACGCUGUCGGAAGUGGAGGAGAUUGUCGUGACAGAGAUGCCCAAGGCCCUGUUCAAGAAACCGAAAUUGAAGGGCUAUUCUUCCAGUGGAGAUGGGGCAGAAAAGCGUUUCAAGCCACUGUUUCUGAACAGAAACAAUGCCAAAAGGCAUCAAAAUGAUCAUUCUCAAGGUAUACAGUACACUGAAAUUCAACAAACAUCUUGUGGAAGAACUUCCAAGAAGAGACAUCAAGACAUUUUUCCUGAUGACCAAGCUAUCACGUUACAUACAUCAGAGAAAGCUUUGAAAUGGAACCAAUUGAGAGCACAAAUUCAAGAAAACAACAGCAAUGCAGCUAACAUGGAUAUGGAGGAGCCAUGUUUACAACAACCAGUAAAAGGGGCAAAGAGAUCAAUUUCAAAGUGGAACGGUUACAUUGCACAAGAUGACAACAAUUAUGCAAAUGGGACACCAACAGCAGAAAAGGGACCAGUUUCUAAGUGGAGCAGCUUCAUAACUGAGGAAGACGACUACCUCUUGGAGACAAGAGGGAGAGGAGACUCAUGGGAUGGUGUUAGCGAACAGAACAACGACUUGUUCGAGUCAAUCCUGAACGAUGAAAGAGUAGAAGAUGAUAUCCACCCUGAUUUCCUCUGAGCUUCUUGUUUUCCCUUCUCCAUUAGAUCAGACUGUGAGUGGUUGAAUUACAUAUAUGAUGCUUCAUCAGUUCACUCUGCAAUCUCAUUAUACAUUAUUUAUUUGAAAAUUACAUGUGUAAACAUUAUUGUUAUUUUUGAAUUUAUAUUUUGACAAGAUCUUAAGUUAAGUGUAUU